GCUGCUCAAGAAACGAAGACUUUGACUUUGAAAGUAAUAAAGAAGUCAACAGAAUUAAUUACCUACAAAAAUGGUUCGAAUGAAAUUAGCUAUUUCAACAUCAUUGGAGCAAAUGGCACUGAUAUACACCAUAUUAGAGUAUAUCAACGACACAAAUUCUGUAUGGUUCGUGUUGGGGUAACGCUAAAGAUUGUAGGUUUGAUAAAGAAAGGAGAAAGCUGGUGGUGCGUGAGUUCAAGAAAUAUUAGUUAUGCGAAACCAGUGAAUACGUACAUAGACAAUAAUCAAGUAGUCCUUCCGGAGGAUGAACCUGUGGCAGGUUCGAAACGUUCCAUUAAGGAUGCUUUGGACAGCCCACAGAAGUCAACGGUUGUUGCAAAAGUCUUGAAGGUAUCACCACUGAAAUUUCAAAGGGAAGGGUCGUUAGCUGUAAGGUCUUUAGGUUUGAAAGACGAAUCUGGAACUCCUGUAAAAGUUUCUCUUUUCGGCAAGUUAGCAGCGCAAGAAUAUGUGCCCAAUUCAGUAAUUCAGCUGACAUCUGUGUACAACAAAGUGUACAAUAGUAGACAGCAGCUGACUGCUACUAAAGACACUCACUUCGAGUAUGUUGCAAAUCACAAACUCCAAAAUGUUUCUUGCACAUCUUCAGAUGGUUUUGUUUUCAACGACGACCCAGAUUUCAAUGAAAACAAUGAUAAGGAUUGUCUGUCAGAAGAUAUGUUUGUGACAAGCAUAUAUGAUUUGGCCCUGUAUGAUGCUGGUACCAACUCUGGCUGCAGAAAGAAAAAAUUGCAAGGAGGAAAAUGCCCUUCUUGCAAUGGAACCACAUCUGACAAGUCUAUAAGGAUGAAGGUUGAAGUCGCAAAACAUGAAGACGAGGAGGGGAAAACAAUAACCAUAUUUCAGAGAGAUGCUGAAGUGAUUUUUGAAUUUGCUCUUGACAAUAAUGCUACAGACGAUGAUGUUAUAGGAGAUUUAGUAAUGCAAUUGCCAGUUGCUAUAAGUUGCAAAUUGAUCAGAAAUAAUUUGAUUGAUUUGAAGAAAGUAUGAUUGAUAUCUACCUGUUUAAAAAGAUCCAUUUUAUGUGUAGUUGUUUUUGCAUAUUCAAACAAUAGAAAGAUAUUUCUCUACUAUAUAUUUACUCUUGAAAAGGUAAAUGUGUUUCAUAAAUGUUCAAGUUUGAAUUUGAAAUGCCUACAUACUUUACAUAUUUGUUUCUUUUUAACUGUGACAUUGUUAAAUUUUUUCACAAUUCUUAUAAAUUAAAUUCCAUCCAUUUUGUUGUUUAACAAUUCAUUUACAAUCAAAGACU